GUCUUGUGAGAGAUAUAAUUUGACAAGAUGGGUUUCGGAAGUCCAGGUACCGGCGCGACAAAUUACAAGCCUUCUCCACCCGAGCGUGGAAGCUUUCCUCUUGACCAUGAAGGCGAAUGUAAACACCUUAUCCGGAACUACCUGAAAUGCCUAAAGACUAGAGGCGGCGUCAACGACCAGGACUGUCGAUUGAUGGCCAAGGAUUACCUGGGAUGUCGGAUGGAAAAGAACCUUAUGGCGCCGGAUGAUUUUAAGAACCUUGGGCUUAUUUUCGAGAAGCAGGAGAGUCAGGGGGGGGAUAAUGCGGGGACUGGGUCUGAGAAUGGGGGGUCGAAGGCUUGAUGGGAAGAGGGAGGACAAAUUGGUAUGGCAUUUCAAGAAGAGAUUCCUUAUGGGGUUCUUUCUUGGAAUUGACGAUAUGUAUAUGCACUCAAUUCUAUGGCGUUGGUUGGGU